AAAUAAAAUUGUGAUUGUGGUGUCGUCGUCUACGUUUGUUUAUUGUCUUGUUGUUGUUGUAGCUGACUAUAUAUGAUUUUUAUAACCAGACGUUUAAAACCAAAUGUUGUAAUAUGGAUUGCAGUCUUGCAGAUCGACAACCAACAACUUCUUCGUCAUCUUCAACAACGGCCGCAACAUCAUCAUCAUCAGCAGCAGCAGCAGUUUCCACAAUAAACCAGCAGCAGCAAUAUUCUUCUUUAACUCAACAACAGCAUUUAUUUAAAUAUCAACAGCACCAUUCUGCUGUACAAUCCCUAGACGAAACGAUUAAAAAUCUUACAAAUUUAGCCGAUACUUGUUCUAGUAUUGGCAAAAUUGCCACUAGUACAUCACCCAACCCCAGCGCAUACACAAGUCCCUCCAAAUUGAGUGGCGGCGGCGGCGAUUAUACUUCACCCUCAUCAUUGAACUCAUCGCCAGCCUAUGCUGGUGUAAAAUUGCGUAAAUUUUCUGAACGUUCGCUAACAACGUCUAACAACGAGGGCGGUGCCGUUACUGUAGGUGGUGGCCGUUCCCAUUCAUAUCGAAUAUCAAUGGCGAAUUUGGAAGAGACACAAGAGUCCGAACUUGAUGUUAUUUUGGGAGAGUUAAGCCUGUUGGAGGCACAAAUCACCACAGGCGAUGCCAAUUUUCUGCCCGCUGCAGGAGCACCCGGUGGCAUGUGCACGCCCUCCUCUACACGCACACAUUCACGCACAAAUUCCACCAUAUCGGGUGCCACCUCUAUAUCGGGCUCCUCGGAGACGGGCAGCAGCAGUACUUCACAUUCGUUAUGUUCCUCGUCGGGUAUCUCGGAGAAUGGCAGCCAUAGCACACACAGCCACAGUCACAGCCAUAAUCCAGCAAUGCACAGCCACAAUGGUUUAGUACAGGGCGGCACUAGUUUGCGUGAGCCGCGCACUGAAUCGCCCGACAAUGAUUCGGCCUUUAGCGACACGGUGUCCUUGUUGUCCUCCGAAUCGUCGGCCUCCUCGGGUAUGAGUUCGGCUCUGCAUCACAAACGUUUGAUGGGCCAACAGCCCUGUUUGCCAUUGACGGGCCAAACGAAGGCGGCCAAAAUACAAUUGGCUUUGCACAAGCUGGAAACGGCGCCCAUUAGGCGUUUGUUUGUGAAGGCCUUUACGGCGGACGGUGCCUCCAAGUCACUGCUGGUUGAUGAACGUAUGACAUGCGGGCAUGUAACACGUCUAUUGGCCGAUAAAAAUCACGUACAAAUGCAGCCAAAUUGGGCUUUGGUGGAGAAUCUGGGAGACCUGCAAAUGGAACGUCUCUUCGAGGAUCAUGAACUAUUGGUGGACAAUCUAAUGACUUGGAAUUCAGAUGCUGGCAAUCGUGUUCUCUUCCAACAGCGCUCCGAUAAAAUCUCACUCUUCAUACGUCCCGAACUGUAUUUACCCGGACCCCAAAUGGCGCCGGGCUCUCAGCAUGAUGAGCAUACCAGAUCCAUGUUAUUAGAGGAGUUCUUUGAAACUAACUCGGAAAUAGCGGUGGAUGGCCCCUUAUACAUGAAGGCUGAUUCGAAAAAAGGCUGGAAACGUUAUCAUUUUGUAUUGAGAUCAUCGGGUCUGUACUAUUUUCCCAAAGAGAAGACUAAAAAUGCUAGAGAUUUGGCCUGUUUGACAUUGUUCAAUGGCUACAAUGUUUAUCGGGGUUUGGGCUGGCGCAAAAAAUGGAAAGCGCCCUCGGACUAUACAUUCGGUUUCAAAUCAGCGGUGGACUCUAGUUUGGGCAAAACCUGUCGCACUUUGAAAAUGCUGUGUGCCGAAGAUUUGGAGACCAUGGAGAAAUGGUUGACGGCCAUAAGAGUGGCCAAAUAUGGCAAACAGUUGUGGGAUAAUCACAAGGCCUUGAUGGAGGAGUUGACGGGAGAUGGCAUUUCGCAAAGUAGCUUUGCGGUAAGCAUGAGAAGUGAAUCGAUAAGUAGUAUUAGCUCGGCUGUGCCCUCACAAUGUGGCAGUGUGUCCUCGGCCAUAUCCUCCAUGUCUACUUCCUCAAGUGGCGGCCGCAUAUCGAGAGCUUCAUCCUCCUCCUCCAGCGGCUGUUUGUCAGAUGAUAAUAAUGGUUUUGAUUCGGAAUUUACCACGGGCACCAUCAAACGUAAACCCUCCAUGAAACCCAAUUUGCCGCUGACCACCAUGACCAGACAGUUGAAGGAGGUGGGCGAAAUUACACAAAACGACAAUGAUGAUUUGAAUAAUUCACCCGAACACAGUGGCACUUUGACCAGAAGGCAUAGUAGGCGCAAGUCGCAGGAGUCUAAUGGCAGUGGUACCUUAAAGAGAAGGCCAACCACAGCUGGCGCCAUGAUAAUGACGGGUUUGACUAAACGCGGCUCGGCGGAAAGCAUGAACGCCAAUAAUUCGUCGGGUUCCUCGAAUUCGACACCCACCCCAACGCCCAGCAUAUGUGCUAAACCUUUGGUGGCCUCUGUUGCGGGAGGAGGAGUGGGCGGCUAUGACUCACAAUUGCCACCACCACCGCCUCAGGCCAUUAAUGCACAGGCCCAGCUGGAUGUUAUGUGUUCUUCCACUUUGUCUUUGGAUUCUCUGCCACCACCACCGCCUCCGGCCGCCUUAAAUGAGGUGGAACAUGAUGUUUAUGGCUCGCAGAUGUCGUUGGCCUCUUUGCCGCCACCACCACCGCCAGAAGAGCAACAUACCAUGCAGAAUACUGCUGCUAUAAUGGCCAAUCAACAGCAAAUCUAUGCCUGUGUUAACAAGAUCUUACCGCCGGCUGUGCCCGCUAAACCCAUAAAACCGGCCGUGAAAACUGCUCCACCCUACAAAAACCCGCCCGACUACAAGGGCAAUACAGGAGCUAACCUCACACACACUCCACAAGCGCCCACAGUACAGAAAAAAGUCUCUUUCGCCGACUCGCCUGUGCUGCUGAGACGGAAAAUGCACUCGCCCGAGCCCACACAACAACAGCAUCAGGAACCCUUUUAUGCACCGGGGCCCCUGCCACCGCCCCGCAAUGAUCUCACCCGUCUCUCGAACUGUUCUUCAAACAUAUCGUCAGUGUCGCAGCAACAGGAUUUCGGCUCACCCAAACGUCUGCAGGAAUCCACCUCGAAUCCGCCGCGGGAUUUCCUCAAAGACUUGCAGCGUGUUAUGCGCAAGAAAUGGCAGGUAGCACAAAAAUGCAAACUCGAACCGGCCACCACACCGCAUGAGGUGUUGGGUUUCCGGGACUUUUCCUCCGAGGAACUAUUGGCCCACAAUCUCAACUCGAAUUCUCACUUUUACCGCGACACCGGCAAUGUCAGCAACUGGGUGCAGGAGCACUAUGGUGCCGGGGCACCACCACCGCCCAUGAACGAAUAUGCUUUGUAUGAAAAUGUACACAAUACAAACACAAGUCCCAGUAAUGUCAGCAUGGAACCACAGUUUCCUCAUCCGCCUCAACAAAACUCCACAGCGGCGGCCACAAAUGCAGCAGCAGCCCAACAGCGCAAGAAACGUCCUCCACCACCGCCUCCCAAACGCAGUGAUUCCACACAUUUGACUCAUCGGGUUUAGUGUUUCCUGGCAACGUGCUUCAAAGCACGCCGGCUGCCGUUUAAAGAUUAUUUAAGCCAACACAGCAACACUAGAUAAAAUAUAAAUUUUAAUUUAACAAUUUAAAAACGAAAAUUAUUGAAAUUUUCUUUUAAAUACAAAACGAAAAUCUAAUUUAAGUAUUUGAAAAGUUAACCUUGAUUUUUUUUUUAAAAAAACAAAUUAAAUCUUUUAACAAAAUGUUACAUUUAUCUCUAAGCUAUUAUUUAAAUUUUUAUAUAAAAUAUUUUAUUUAAAAAUUCUGUAAAAAUUCUAACAAAAAUGUCAUGUCAUUUUUUUAAAAAAAAAUCUUAAUCUUAAGUUUAAUGUUCCUUUUUAUAUAAAAAAAAAACCCACACAAACAAAACCCGAAUCAAUAUCGAAAUGAAUUUUGAAUUUUAAAACAUUUUUCUAAUAAAUGUAUUGAAAAAAUCUAUGUAUAAAACAACUAUGAAUUAUAAAAUGAAUUAAAAGCCUUAAAGUAUGCAAUAAAAUUAAUGUUUAAUUAACAUAUUUGAGUUGAAAAAAUAA